AUGGACAGCUUCAUGGAAUCCCUGAACAGGCUGAAGGAGGCCCAUGAGAAGGAGGUCCUGGGCCUGCAGAACAAGCUUCUGGAACUGAACUCAGAGCGGUGCCGAGACACGCAGAGGGUAGAGGAGCUCUUUGCCAAGAAUCACCAGCUCCGGGAGCAGCAGAAGGCACUGAAGGAGAACCUGAGGGUGCUGGAGAACAGGCUGCGGGCUGGUUUGUGCGAUCGCUGCAUGGUCACCCAGGAGCUGGCCAAGAAGAAGCAGCUGGAACUGGAAAGUGCCCACCUGCAAAGCCUGCAGCAUCUCUGCAUCCUCACCAAUGAGAUGAAUGGGCUGAGGGAGGAAAACAAGAUUCUGAAGGAAGAAGUGAAGAGGCUUCGGAGCCUGGGAGACAAGACUGCAUCCCAGGCCUGGGAGGGCACCUCAGAGUCCCCGUCACCCGUGCCACUCCACUCCCCCAGUAGCCGGAAAGGUGCCACUGAGAUCCCGCCAGGAGGUCCAGAGGAGGCUGAGGAAGAACAGCCAGGCACAGAUCUGCAGGGUUAGGGGAAAGAUAAGGGGUCAAGCCACAAGUCAUCCCCAGUGGCCAGAGUCUCCCCAGCUGCCAACCUGCCCGAGUCACGGGCCCCGGACAUGAGCCCUCAGUGCAUCUCCAACCAACUGCACUCAACAGUGGCCGUGGUGCGGCCUGGCUCCAGGGCCUGCCCACCAGACUGCAGUACCGCCAAUGGGACGCCCCCGCCACCGUCCGCCAGAAGCAGCCCACCCAGCCCAACAUAUGAGCACAGCCUCCGUGUGGACAGCUUCCUGCGGGCCUCCCGGCCAUCAGCCGUAGCCUAUGAGACCCUGAAGCGCUCCCUUCAGACCGAUCGCCUCUGCUUCCUCAACCGACACCUGUCUCUGCAUCUGCAAAGCCCCCACAGCAGCCCCCUGGCUCCUGCUACACCUGCCAAUAGUCCCCUGCCCCAGGGCCCGAAGGCUAGAGAGGCAGAGGCAUGGGAGGAGCCUGGGGCCUUGGUAGGCAUACAGGACCCACGGCUAGAAGGAGCAUUGCACCUGCUGCUGGUCCAGCAGCAGUUGCGGGCACGGGCACGGGCAGGCAGUGCCAGGAUGAGGGUCCCAUCCACACCAGAAGAGAUGCCAUCUUCCUCACCAGCUGGCUCAGAUUCUGAGAGCUCUGAGUGUGAGGCUCCCAGGACAGCUCUGAGUGCAGAGGCCCAGCCUGAUGGCUGGCACCCUCGGUCUACAGGCCACAGUAGCCCCUGGAGGAAAGAGACACAUGUGGCCACUCAGGAUUGCCCCCCAGACAAGCCUCUGGACCUCUCUGACCGGGGACGGUGUCGGGACAUCUCCAAGUCAACUGGCCAACCUUUGCCUCUCAGCCCCACAGCUGUCCAUACUCCCAGCCCCCAGCUGCCCACCUUGUCCAGACCCCUGACUCACAGCCCCCACACUCUCAGCAACGGCAGCUCGGAGACCAAAGCUCAGGAGCCUGAAGAACACUCUGCUCCCAAGGACACCUCACACCCUCUCUCAGGGAUCCACGACAGUCUGACCUCUCCUAGAAGGACAACAGAGGAGGCUGGAGGAAGGCCAAGGCCAGUGCCCCACCUACAGAGGCCUGACACUGAUGAGGCCACAGAGGCCAGCAAGGUCACGGCUCAGAGGCCAGAGUUGGAGCAACUGGAAGAGUCGGAUACCUCAGACAGUAAGGUGGUCAGGACCUCUGAGGCAAGUGUGGAGCCAAGCAUGCCAGGGGAGGGGCAUGCUGAAGACCAUCCACAGGGUCCACAACAAAAGAGGAAGCGGGUUUCAGACCUGCAGGACAAAGCCCCCAAGAAGCCGUCUCAAGGGAAGAGGAAACCAAAGGAAACCCUGACACCAGAGGAAGGUCCCAGGAGCCCACGGGACAUGGAGGACUUCAGCCUCUCCUCCAUUAACAGCUGUCGGGAGUCCUAACCCACCAGGCUGAGGGACACUGCGCUUGCCCAGAGGUAGCUGUCGGUCACAGACUAUUGCCUGCACAAGUCAAACCACCCAACCUGAAGAGAGCCUGCAACAGUCAGUGUACAUAGCCCCUCACUGCCAGAGGGGCUGGUGAGCCACAACCCCUCCCCAGUCUCCGGGCAGCUCCCCCCCCACUCCCAACCCUGUAACAGGAAAAUGGACCUACCGCUGGAGGCAAGGCUGGGAAUAGGGGACCCCCAGCCCAGCUUCUUUUUCUGGGCAACGCCCCCACCUCCUGAUGCAAUUGGAGGUCCCGCCCGAACCCUGCGGACUUUUCCAGGCAGGAAAGAAGCUUCAGACAGCAGUCUCAGGCGCCCCCUUGUGGCGUCUAGACAAAUGCAGCCAGCAAAGAGGAAAAGCAAAAGGCCGCGCGCAGGGUGCCUGGUCAGAUGAGGACUCCGAAGAGCUCAGAGAAGAAUACAAAUGGCAAUAUCUGUAGCUGGCAGGGCUGAGGUCAGAGUCAUUGAGCCAUGUGACCCAGGAUUAGUUCGAUCCAAGGACAGGAAGACAGAGCAAAGGCGGCCCUUAUGUUCUGCAGAGCUCCUGCGCUCUGACAACCUGGUGCUAGUGAGGCAGGUCUCUGAGCUUAAGAAUCAGUCCUGGGCCACUGGAGCUGAAGGUAUUGAAGAGACUCAGGAAAAUUCCUGUGUGUAUAAAGUUUAAGAACAGCCAUUCCCAGGGCAGAGACGGGCACUGUAGGCUAAGGGGUAAAAGCACUGAGUCAGGGUCCAGUGUGGACAGACAUAAGGAAGAGAGAGAAGCCACCUUGCGGAGGUCAAAGAAGGUGGCAGCUAAAGCUUAAAUUCGGAUUUGAGGCAUGAGUUGAAGUGUGCAGUUCCUAGCAUACUUUCAUAAGCAUCUAGAUGUCUGCCAAGAGGUCAAGGUAAAGACUAAAGAGAGCUCACUUUACUGAGUAAGGAAGCCCAAGCUGGCCAAGCCAGGUAGAAGGAACGACGGCAUAAAGGGUGCUGCGAGCACAACUGUAAAGAGUCUGGAACUUCCAGAAUGGGGGAAGCUGUCACUGGAGCCGGGUGAGGUCUGGGCUUGAUGAGGUACCGUUCUCCCCUGGGCAGACAGUGGCCUCCCUUCCCUGUCACCUGACAGACCAGAAGGACUAAAUUCCAAGGGACAUUCAGGGGUAUGUGUGCGUGUGCGUAGGUGGGUGCGUGCGUGAGUGUAUGUGUGUGCUCAAACUGCUGUCACGGGU